ACACGGUCAUCUGGCAACACUGGUUUCAUUUUUAUUGUUUUGUGUACAUGAGGUUUUACUGUUGAUUGUGUACUAAAAAAUUUUGUUUUUAAUUUAUAAAUCGUACAAUACACAUAAUAUAUAAAAUUAUAAAUGGACUUUAGCGGGAAUGCUUCUACGUAUGUUAUUUUAGAUGAAUCUAAAGACAUUGCUAUUGAUUCAGCAAGUGAAAUGGAGAGUAACGACAGAAUCAAUAUUAUGAAUGAAAGAUCUGAGAAACAUAGUGCAGUGUGGACAAGUAAUGCAACUUCAAUACUCUUGAAACUGUAUGAAUCAAAUUUGCAGAUGUUAGAAACACCCAAAAAGAAGACUAGAAUAUGGAUGGCUAUUUCACAAAAUUUAAAACAUUUUGACAUAGAUAUGACUGCUGAUCAAGUGAGAUGGAAAAUAAAUGCCUUAACAAAGAAAUACAAACAAUGCAUAGAUUCGGAAUGUAGGCAAUAUGAAAAAUUUAAGUAUUUCAAAGAAAUGGAUAGUAUUUACUCACAAUAUAAUGUAGACUGUGAUUCCUAUUUAAUAACAGAACUAUUGCACAAAAAUAAUGAACGAAAUAACCAAAAUGUGAAUAGUUCUCUAUCCAAGAAACCUAUAGAAAGUAAGGCAGUUAUAGAAAUGAGGAAAAUCAGAUUAGCAAACCGCAUUGAUUCAGAACGAAAUCAAAGUAAGGUACAAUUAGAAAAACAGUGGCUGGUAUACUUAAAAACACAAGAAGACCAAAGGCAAUUAAGAGAUAGAAUGUAUGAGAGAAGUCUAAAGUUAAAAGAGGAAGAGUUGGAAUUGCGGAAAAGAGAACUAGAGUUAAUAGAAUCUCUAGAAGGCAAAAUAAUUGACUUAAUAGAAAAAGAACAUGAUCAAGUUUUACAGCUUGAAAGAGAAAAAUGUGAUCUAAUGAAAGAAAACCUCACAAUUUCAUAAGUUGAUUGAUGCUAAACUUUUAAGUUGUAUUUCAGGAUAAAAGUAGUGGAGAAAAUGUGUAAAAAGUACUGUUUAAACCGGUAGAUAGAAUAUAAUAAUGUUACGCCGGUAAGAGUAACGCUAUCUAUCGCCGAAUAGUCGAACGAAUAUCGAAGGACCUAGUAGCACCUAGAACGAACGCUCAAGUAGAACAACACCACCUACUGUCAGAUAGCGGAAACUACUACUAGAGAUGUGUGGAAUAUUCUCGAUAAUUCUAGGGAUGAGGUAUCGGCUAUAGAAGCGUUGUAGAGAUGACACGCAGUCAGUCAGUAAUCGGAACUACUCGAAGCGAAACAGCGAAUGGAUCACCUGAAGCGAAGCGGAACAAGCGAAUUGAGAGUUUUAAAGUGUUUGCUGAGUGUUUUAAGUGUUCCAAGUGUUAAAUACAGUUUUAAGUUGUA